AUGGAAAGUAAACAAAUCUUCGCGAAAGGCCUUAAGAAUUUCGAACUCCGAGAAGAAGCGUGGAGACUCUGCGCGAAUUAUGUUGGAGGAGUUUGGAAGGAAGUCUCUGCUAGCGAUAUUGUUAUGACAGUUCCGCCGGGAGUAGGGCCAACUGUUCUAGGGGUGUUUCGCGGAGGCAGGAUUGAAGAAUAUAUUCAGUCACGAAUCAUCACAAAUAAGGAAUUGUGCAACAUUCAGUAA